GCGCCUGCGGGACUUCCCGCCUGCCUCUGGCUUCCUGUUCUUCCUCCAGCACAUCCAGCACGCCCACCUCCAGGUGGCUUGUCCUCAUGGCACCUCCGAGCGAGGAGACCCCCCUGAUCCCCCAGCGCUCCUGCAGUCUGUCAUCCUCAGAGGCUGGCGUCUUGCAUGUGCUGCUCCCUGCUCGGGGUCCCGGGCCUCCUCAGCGCCUGUCCUUUUCCUUUGGGGAACUAUCAGCUGAGGAACUGUGCGUGCAGGCUGCCAAGGCCAGUGGCAUCCUUCCCGUGUACCAUCCACUCUUUGCUCUGGCCACCGAGGACCUCACCCAUUGGUUUCCCCCAAGCCACAUCUUCUCUGUGGAGGACGCAGGCACCCAAGUCUUGGUCUACAGGCUGCGCUUCCAUUUCCCCAAUUGGUUCGGGCUGGAAAAAUGUCACCGCUUUGGGCUGCACAAGGACUUGACCAGCGCCAUCUUUGACCUGCCUGUUCUGGAACACCUCUUUGCCCAGCACCGAGGGGACCUCCUUGCUGGGCGCCUGGCGGUGGGCCUGGGCCUCGAGGAGCAGGACAGGUGCCUUAGCCUGGCAGUGCUGGACCUGGCCCAGAUGUGCCUCGAGCGGGCGCAGCGGCCCCGGGAGCUGCUGAGGACCGUGAGCUACAAGGCCUGCCUGCCGCCUGUUCUGCGCGACCUCAUCCAGGGCCUCAGCUUCGUCACCCGAAAGCGCCUCCGCAGGACCGUGCGCCGCGCGCUGCGCCGCGUGGCCUCCAGCCAGGCCGACCGUCACUCGCUCAUGGCCAAGUAUGUCAUGGACCUGGAGCGGCUGGACCCGGAGCGGCACGCCGAGACCUUCCGCGUGGGCCUACCCGAGGCCACGGGGAGUCAGGACGGGAGGGGGCUGCUGCGGGUGGCCGGCGGCAGCGGCAUAGCCUGGAGCGCGGGCGAAUCCCAGGUCUUCCAACCCUUCUGUGACUUCCCGGAGGUGGUGGACAUCAGCAUAAAGCAGGCGCCCCGAGCGGGUCCAGCCGGGGAGCACCGCCUGGUGACCCUCACCAGGACGGACAAGCAGAUCCUGGAGGCUGAGUUCCCAGGGCUGCCCGAGGCGCUGUCCUUUGUGGCCCUGGUGGAUGGCUACUUCCGCCUCACCUGUGACCCGAGCCACUUCUUCUGCAAGGAGGCGGCCCCGCCGCGGCUGCUGGAGGAGGUGGCGGUGCGCUGCUGGGGCCCCAUCACGCUGGAUUUUGCCAUCCACAAACUAAAAACCGAGGGGUCCCUGCCUGGCUCCUAUGUUCUCCGCCGCAGCCCCCAGAUCUUUGACAGCUUCCUCCUCACCGUCUGUGUCCAGACUCCCCUCGGCCCUGCUUACAAGGGCUGCCUGAUCCGGCGGGACCCCACGGGGACCUUCUCCCUGGUUGGCCUCAGCCGGCCUCACAAGAGCCUUCAAGAACUUGUGGCAGCAUGCAGGGAUGGGGGGCUGCAUAUAGAUGGGGUCACGCUGAGCCUCACCACAUGCUGCACCCCCAGACCCAAAGAAAAGUCCAAUCUGGUCGUGGUGCGGAGCAGGUGCAGCCUGUCCUCGCCGGCCCCCACCUCACACCAGUCCCCAUGCAAGCUGGGCCCCAUGACGUUCCACACCAUCCCUGCUGACAGCCUGCUGUGGAAGGAGAACCUGGGCCACGGAUCCUUCACCAAGAUCUACAGGGGCCUUCGCCGCGAGGCCGUGGACGGCGAGGCCCGCGAGACUGAGGUGCUGCUGAAGGUGAUGGAUGCCAAGCACAGGCACUGCAUGGAGUCCUUCCUGGAAGCAGCCAGCCUGAUGAGCCAGGUCUCCUACCCACAUCUGGUGCUGCUCCACGGAGUGUGCAUGACUGGAGACAGCACCAUGGUGCAGGAAUUUGUUCACCUUGGAGCCAUAGACACGUAUCUGCUCAAGCAUGGCCAUCUGCUGCCCGCCAGCUGGAAGCUGCAGGUGAUCAAACAACUAGCCUAUGCCCUCAACUACCUGGAGGACAAAGGGCUCCCUCAUGGCAACGUGUCUGCACGGAAGGUGUUGCUGGCUCGGGAGGGGGCUGACGGGAGUCCCCCUUUCAUCAAGCUGAGCGACCCUGGAGUCAGCCCCACAGUGCUCAGCCUGGAAAUGCUCACAGACAGGAUCCCCUGGGUGGCCCCAGAAUGCCUGCAGUGUCCCCGGGAGGCGCAGGCUCUGGGCCUGGAAGUGGACAAGUGGGGCUUCGGUGCAACAGCCUGGGAGGUGUUCAAUGGAGGCCCGAUGCCCAUCAGCACCCUGGACCCCACUGAGAAACUCUGGUUCUAUGAGCAGCGGCAGCAGCUGCCACCACCCAAGUGGACAGAGCUGGCCUCACUGAUCCAGGACUGCAUGGCCUACGAGCCAGGCCAGCGGCCCUCCUUCCGGGCCAUUAUCCGGGACCUCAACAGCCUCAUCACCUCAGACUAUGAGCUGCUCUCAGAUCCGAUACCCAGUGCCCUUGAGCCUCGAGAUGGCCUUUGGAGUAGUGCCCAGCGCUAUGGCUGCCAGGACCCCACGAUCUUCGAGGAAAGGCACCUCAAAUACAUCUCACAGCUGGGCAAGGGCAACUUUGGCAGCGUGGAGCUGUGCCGCUAUGACCCCCUCGGAGACAACACGGGCGCCCUGGUGGCUGUGAAGCAGCUGCAGCACAGCGGGCCCGACCAGCAGAGGGACUUCCAGCGGGAGAUCCAGAUUCUUAAAGCCAUGCAUUGCGACUUCAUCGUCAAGUACCGCGGUGUCAGCUACGGCCCAGGUCGCCAGAGCCUGCGUCUGGUCAUGGAGUACCUGCCCAGUGGCUGCCUGCGUGACUUCCUGCGCCGCCACCGCGCGCGCCUGGAUGCCAGCCGCCUCCUGCUCUACGCCUCCCAGAUCUGCAAGGGCAUGGAGUACCUGGGCUCCCGCCGCUGUGUGCACCGUGACCUGGCGGCGCGCAACAUCCUGGUGGAGAGCGAGGCGCACGUGAAGAUCGCCGACUUCGGCCUCGCCAAGCUGCUGCCGCUCGACAAAGAAUACUACGUGGUCCGCGAGCCAGGCCAGAGCCCCAUCUUCUGGUAUGCCCCCGAGUCCCUAGCGGACAAUGUUUUCUCGCGCCAGUCUGACGUCUGGAGUUUCGGGGUCCUGCUGUAUGAGCUGUUCACCUAUGGUGACAAAAACUGCAGCCCCUCAGCUGAGUUCCUGCACAUGAUGGGUUGCGAGGGCGAUGCCCCUGCCCUCUGCCACCUCCUGGACCUGCUGGCCCAGGGCUACAGGCUGCCUGCACCCCCUGCCUGCCCUUCCCAGGUCCACGAGCUCAUGAGGCUGUGCUGGGCCUCCAGCCCGCAGGAGCGGCCGAGCUUCCACACCCUGGGACCCCGGCUAGAUGCGCUGUGGAGCGGGGGGGGGGGGGGGGGGGCCCGGGGAUGAGGUGACUGUGCGGCCCCUGCGGCUCAGCCCUGGG